UGAUGACUCUCAUUUUUUUUGUUGUUCUCCAACUAUCAAUCAGUAUUCAGUAGUUUUUAUGUACAUUUUGUACCAAAAAGGAUUUAAACAUUAUUAUGAAUCUCUCUGUUAAAGAAGACAAUUAUCAUGAAUCAAAUACAUAAUCAUCUGUUGAGAAGUAGGCUGCCAGAAACCUUUCUUUUUUUGCAAAAUAAUUUGUUAACUAUUAAUCACAAUUUUGGUGGCAACUUAACCAUCUCCUACUCUUCACAAUCAUUCUUUUGGUGUCUCUACCAUAUUAUAAUUCACCAAAAUCUCCUUACUUAUACCCACAAACUCCUCACAAAGAUCUCUGAAUCUUUCAGCUGAAAAUAUACAAUCAUAACAAUGGCUGGAGGCACAGCUCUAACUCCAACCUCUGUAGGAUCCAAGUCAGUUCCAAUGAGGAACCAUGAAGCAACCGAGAGAGGCAAUAACAACAACAGCAACCUGAAAGCAUUACCCAAAGCGGUCCAACCGGUUUCAUCAAUCGAAGGAGAGAUGGCUAAGAGGCCACGUGGCAGACCCGCUGGCUCCAAGAACAAACCCAAACCUCCAAUCAUUGUGACUCACGACAGUCCAAAUUCCCUCAGAGCUAAUGCCGUCGAGAUCAGCUCAGGUUGUGACAUCUGUGAGACUUUAUCGGAUUUCGCAAGAAGGAAACAGAGAGGUCUCAGCAUACUCAGUGCCAAUGGUUGUGUCACCAAUGUGACAUUAAGGCAACCAGCUUCAUCAGGAGCAAUUGUGACAUUACACGGACGUUACGAGAUCCUCUCAUUGCUUGGAUCAAUCUUGCCUCCACCAGCACCACUUGGAAUAACUGGUCUGACCAUUUACUUAGCCGGACCUCAAGGACAGGUUGUUGGUGGAGGAGUGGUUGGUGGGCUAAUCGCGUCUGGUCCUGUUGUUAUCAUGGCUGCAUCUUUCAUGAAUGCUGUUUUUGAUCGUCUUCCUAUGGACGAUGAUGAAGCUGCUUCUAUGCAAAACCAGCAGUACUACCAGAAUGGAAGAUCCCGUCCUUUAGACGACAUUCAUGGACUGCCUCAAAAUCUGCUCACUAAUGGAAACUCCGGUUCUGAUAUUUACUCUUGGGGGCCUGCACAACGUGCUAUGUCGAAACCUUGAUACAGCUCUCUAAUCUCCACGUUUCAUCAUAAUAUCAGAGUGCCAUAGUCUUAUUAUCUACUUUACCUUGGAAUCAAAGAUCGAUGUUUCUGUAGGUAGAGAGAACCAUAAGU